GCUCCCUUCCAUCUGGUCUCCCAUUACUUCCUGGGGCCUGGAGCUCCAGUCUGGAACUCAGCAGAGGGGGGGUUAAGACUGGUGCCCUGUGCUAUCUCCUCCCCUCCCCAUCCCUGACUUCAAAGUCUCCAUAAAGUUCAAGUCACUGUUUCUCUGACCCCACAGUGGCAGCUCCAUUCUCAGCUCUUGGCCGGUUCGUAACAGCGGACGCUGAGCACUGGCCCAGCAGCCCACGCUCCACCUACGGCCAUCUUCUAGGGUAAGCACCAGCAUGCUGAGGACCCAUGAGGCCAGCAGUCCUUGCUCCUCCAGGAGAGAAAGGCAACUAGAAGUUGACUCAACAGGGAGUUACUUCAUGGUUAGACACUCCACAGGCAAGAACCUCUAGUCUGAGGGCCAGAACUCUGGGACUCGGUCUAAGUUGUGAUCAGAGCAGACAUUUAUAGGGGUUAGCAAGAAGAGGAAUAGGUGUCACCAGCCCAGGAGUGAAGGGUUGAUAACUGUGAAGGACUUGGAAACAGGGUAACAGUUCAGGCACAAGUAAAUUUGUUCCUUAAGUAUUAAUGUGCAAAAUCUAUGCUGAAUUGCACACAAAUUAAUGUCAUUUCUAUCUCUAGCUCUUGUGAUUUGGUGUCCAGGGCUGUGGAACCGUCUGGGAUGGCUCUGGCUCCAGCUCCCUGGGGCCACAGAUUCUGCUCUGUAGCUCCCUCAGGAACAAAUGCCACAGACCAGUUCCAAGGCCAGUGACAGCCCCAAAGUUCAAGGCCUGUUCUUCCACACUCAUCUGAGGAUUUUUCCAGUUGCUUUUCUUGGCCCAGGGAUCACACCCAUAGGGAUGUGGAUGGGGGAGGAAGAAGUAAACAGUAAAGUCAGAAGGAGCUGAGGAUGAGGCAGAUGUUAGGAAGGAGAGAUGGAGAAAUGGUGCUAGUGGCCCAGUCAUCUGAGAAAGGAACCUGGGACAUCUUCACAAGUAGAGGCUGUUGGGCAUGUAAGACAGAGGUUCUUAACAGGUAAUCCCUCUUCCACCCCAGGCUGAGGAGAAUCAGGGUUCUGACUGUGGGAUGCUCCCUUCCAGGACUAGGCUGAAGCUGAGCAUCCCCAGCUGCUAACAUCUAGGGGCCAAGAAAAUGUCUGCCAACAAAAGCUGGUGGGUGCCACCUGAGGGAAAAGACAGCGUGUCUGAGAAACUCCUGAAGAAGACCAGGGAGUCUCCGCUGGUGCCUGUAGGCUUGGCAGGCUGCCUCGUGGUGGCAGCAUACAGGAUUUACCGGCUGAAGGCUCGUGGUUCCACCAAGAUGUCCAUACAUCUGAUUCACACCCGAGUGGCAGCUCAGGCCUGUGCUGUGGGUGCAAUCAUGCUGGGUGCUGUGUACACGACGUACAGAGACUACACCAAGAAAACAGCACAGGACGCUGGGGAUAAGUAGGUUCCUAUAGAGGCUGGAGCAGUCAGACCCUUUAAAUCAACCCCUGGUAUGCUCCUAAUAAAGUAGUUUAGAGAAAACUCCGCAGUCUCUUCUAUACUCGGGGGAAUGAGGGGUUGGUGGGGGCUGGUAGAAGGACCUGGAGCAGCAGUCUCAAAACCAAAGAGUUAUAACCCCCAACUCCAGGGCAAGGGAGAUUCUUAAGGAGCAGUGGACCCAUGAGGAAGAGGUGUUAGCCCUAGCAGACCUCAGACCCCAGAAACCCAAUGACUGCCAAGCCACCUCAGGUCUGACUCAGAAGGACCAUGGCACAGAAGACAGCAUGCCAGAGGUGGGGGCAGUAAAGAGACCUCUGCACUCAUGGGAACAGUGACUUAGGAUGCAGCAGUCCUCUCCCCACAGACUGCUUCCCUGGGGGCCCAGGCAGGAAGGAGACUACAGCUGGGAGCACAGACAGUGACGCCUCAUGGGAGACCACAUCCCUCCAGACCCAAGUGCCAGGACUAGACUGUGCUGGAGGGAAGGGGGCCGGGGGAGUGGGUGGGGAUGAAAAGAACAGAGCCAGGCAGAAGUCAGAAUGUUCUGUUCACUUAGAAA